AGAAAAAUACUAGGCGGCAGGGAAACUCGGGCAGCGGCGAUGGCGGCGGCGGCAGCGGCGACGGCGGUGGUGGUGGAGGGCCUGGCCCCACCAGCAGCAGCAGCAGCAGCUGCAGCAGCAGCGGCGGCGGCGGCAGCAGCAGCAGCAGCGGCGGCAGUGGCGGCGGCGGCGGCAGCAGCGGCGGCGGCGGCAGCGGCGGCGGCGGCGGCGGCAGCGGCGGCGGCGGCGGCGGCUAGGGUCUUUGCUGGCGAGCAUUGCACAGCACAGUGUAUGGUAGGCAGCAGCAGUGAGGAGUGUUGGGGCUAGAGGAUUUCCUGCUGUUUGGUUUAGUGCUGGCUGUGCUUGUGCUUGACAGCGGGACGUGGCUGGACGCAUUACGGCGGGCCGUGCCUGUACAAACCGACCCCGGCUGUGUCCGGGAGAUGAGGUAGACGCUUGCGGCCUCAGACUUUAUAUGUGGCUCAGCCAUGUUUCCCAUGCGAGGGAAGAGAUUUUGUCGCAUGAUUUACGCUGUCCAACUCUGUCCUGGCACGCCAGGCAAGACGCUGAGACCUGGGACAAGCAAGAGCAGAGGGGAUGAAAGACGAGUUCCCGUUGUGAUGGCUGUAAUCCCGACCCACA